AUGUCCCUCAACUCUGUGGUAAACUCUUUAGUACGCGCAGCUGCAUCUGUCCCAGUUGAUAUAACCGAUGAAGAACUCGAUAAACAUGUAGCUCAACUAUUGGCAGAUGAAGCAAAGGGGAAAGAAGAACAGUGGACUUCUUUAGGUUUGAAGGCGUAUUUAGGAGAGAGUUCCCCCGAUCCAAAUGCUCCAAAACCUAACAAAAGGUUUUUGGCAAGUGUGAUACGGACCGUCGAUGGACAUAACGCUUCUUUACUUCGAGCGCAAGAACAAGCCGCCAAGGAGGUGAGACGGGAGAGAAGUGGGGGGAACGGACAUGGAAGGUUAUUUGGUGCUCGAGACCAGAGAGCGACAGGAGUAUACGAAGAGGGGAUAGUGGAAAGGGAUGACAGGGGGAAGAGAGAGCAAAAGGGAGAGGACAGGGAUGAGGGUGGGCGUAAGGAAGCAAGUGGGCGUAGUGAAAGGGCUGUGGAGAGGAAGAGACGGAGACAUGAGGAAAGCGACGAGGACGAGGAGGGAAGAUUGAAAAGCACGUCUAAAAGAGAAUCUCGAAAACGAUUGUAUGGGAAUUCGAGCGAGGACGAAGAACGACACAGUGAAUCUCGGCAAGACGGUCGUAGGCACAGGACGGACAGAAGACGUGAGGAACGAACACCCAAAUAUGAUGAACACCAACAUCACGAAGACCACGAACACUCAACAUCAUACCAACAUCCCCAUUCUCUCACCCUACCUCCCAACCCUCAAUCCCAUCCCACACCUUCUACUCCACCUUCCUCCUCACUCCUCGACCCACCACCUCGUCUCCCAUCCCCUUCACCUCCACCACCCCGACUAUCCAAAAUGGACAAAUACUUUACUCCCGCUUACAACCCCGUCCUCGACGUUGGCGAGGUACCUAAAGAAGGUCUGAUCACCGCCGUGGGAUGGGAUAACAUGUUAGCGGUAUUGAAGGAAAGAGGAAAGAAACGACGUCAACGUUCCCCUGGAUUAUUUGAUGAUCCUUUCGAUAUACCCAAAGUGCAUCUCAGACGUUCUCCUGAACCGAAAGCUAACGAAUUGAGUAAAGUCACCCGAAGAUUGGAGAGAGAUGAGAGGAGGGGUCGACGGGAGGUGAGCCCAGGUGGAGCGAAGAGGAAAGAGAAGGAAGGAGGAGUAGAAGUUAUGGGAUGGGAAUAUACAAAGAAAGGUAGUGUGAGAGAAUGGGAUGUUGGAAAGUGA